AACCACUUGUCAGAGAUAGUCUUGUAAGCUAUCAUUGUCAGACAUCCUUUGUGCACACUCAUGUUCUAUAAUGUUGCACAGAUAUGAAUAAUAUCAUGAAGGGGAUUUUGACCGCUCGAAAGUAUACAUCACGACUUGUUCCACGGAUCUUGCAUAACUCUUUAUGAUAAGUUUUUAUCGCGAUAAUGUCAACUGCAGUUUCACCGCAUGGUCCAUUUCGUUGGGGCAGGUUAGAACAAUGUGUCCACUGAAAUAAACUUUCUUUGAAGCUGGCGUAUCAUCACAAAUAAGGAUGAAGAUAAUUAUGCAAUAUCGGAUGUAUUUCUAAAGAAUAGUUUUUCUGACGCUUUUGAAAAAAUUAAUAUUGCUAUUAUUCUGUGAUUUAUAUUCCCAUGGAUAGACAGUAAGUGGAGACUUAUUGAACAAGACUUACGAUUUCUACAUCACAUCCUCGGAUUUAUUUAUAACACAACAGAACGGUUUUUAAUGACGCCUUGGAAUAAUAUUGGAGAUUGUUCAGUUGAAUAUAUUUUGUGAUUCGUCUUGUAAUAGAUUGACAUUAAAUGGAGACUUGUUGAUCCUUACGGUUUCUAUAGACAUCUACGUUGUGUCUUCCACGGCUCUUCUUCAUUGUUCCGCCAAGAUCGUUGAAUUGACAAGGAAAUACCAAUUAUAUUUUACUGGAAAGAAAUUUGAAAUUUAAGUUUUGUUUGAUAUUUCACACGAUUUUUUCGUAAUUUCUAUCAUCCACAUACUCCUUCGACUUAUCUGAGAUUCAGUAAAAACUUUCGUAACGAUUUCAUCAACGCAUACAUGCCAUAUAGAAGUAAUAGAAAACAUUCAAAACAAUUGCAUUUUAGCUAGGACCUCAAGUUCGUCUCUUCAUGGAAAAUAGUAAUAUUAUUAAAAUAUUUGAAGAACAUUUUAUGCACAGAAAUCGUAAAAGCAUUUUACUACAUUAAUAUUUUAUUUCAUUUUUUAUGAGCGUCAUCCUUUUGUCAAAGUAGCUCUCAGACCGACUUAGAAAAUAAAUAACUGAAAGAAUUAUACCUAACCAAAGCAGAAAACCUGCUUUUCGUGUAUAUACGCUAUUAUGGCAUACGUUGAACCAUUUAUUUAGUCUCUUGUUUUUUAACAAAUGGAUGCCGAAGAGUACAAUGUAAACUUAUGCCCUUUUGACGAAUGCAGUUACCACCAGACGACCAGCUUAGCAUCGUCCUAUUUAAACGUUAAUGUAAGCUUCAGUCAGCCUCUUUGGCUGCAUGCUUGUGCAAAUUUAAGCGUAGUGUUACCUGAUCCAACAUCAGGGAAAUCCGAAAAAAAAUAUCUUCAUGCUCAAACAUUUAUUAUAUCGAAUUUAUACAGCAACAGAUUUUCAUCGCUUGUGAAACAUGAGUAUAUUGCAGGAACCCAACGAUGAGGGCGUCCCAGAUGGACCCAGAGACACUGAGAUACUGAAGAAGAAGUUCCUUAGAUUGGUCCGCAACGGGGAUGCUCAGAGUGUCGAGGCCAUGGUUCGAGACCCUGUUAACAUCAAGGUUUCAAAAGCGCUCUGGAGUUUCGGAAUGCAGGUGGCCAUACAGCACAAACACUUAGAUGUUCUGAGAACCUUGAUUGCUUGUAAGGUACCUAUAGAGGACGCCCUACUUCAUGCCAUCGAAUCCCGCAACGUUGAGGUUGUCAUGGAGAUCAUCAAUCUGCCGGACGAUGUAUCAAUGCAUAACUAUAUAGCAGACAGUAAAGGGUGUGACCUGAUUAAUAGAUUUGCGGUGACGAAUAAUUUCCCACCUUGUACUACUCCGCUCAUCUUAGCUUCAAGAAUAGAUGACUUGACCAUUGUUCAGUUGCUCCUUGACAAUGGGGCGACUAUGCCGACGGAAGAGGAGACACUCGCACGCGUCAAAGACGACUCACUAGAGCGCGCCCUCGCUCGUCUGCAGUGGUACCAAUCCAUGACAAGCAACUCGUACAUCCUGUUGACCGCCGACGACGCCAUCGAAACGGCGCUGUCUUGGGGCGAGCGGCUGAAGGAAAGGACCCGGCACGAGCGACAGGUGUUUGCUUCAUGCUAUGACGUCAUACACAAGCGACUGGAACUGCUGCUCACUCGGCUGCUCGACUGCGCAACGUGCAAGGAUGAAAUAUGGGAGGCCCUCAACGAGAGAGCCGAGACAGGUGGAUCUCGACGGAGUGUGUCGAGAAGGGGGUUACCCACGGAUCCAAUGGGACGUUUAAAGCGAGUUGUGCGAUUGAAGUAUCAAACGUUUGUAUCGCACAGCUACUGCCAGGAGUAUAUGUUGCGAUGGUGGUAUGCUGAUUGUCCUAUCCCAUGGGGAUACUGCGGAGAGAUUUCACGUAUCUUCCUCGUGAUCCUCAUUGUCGUCUUAUUUCCAUUCAUCGGUAUUUUGAAUAUCAUCCUCCCAGAAAACGUACGCUGUGUACGAUGGUUUGACAAGCUGAUGGCCACUCCAUUUGUACAGCACAUCCUCCAGACGUGUUCCCAAAUCUUCUUUCUUCACGCACUCCUAUACAUGACUAUGGGGAUCAGUAUUUCCCUCGUCGAAUGCCCAGACUUCGUCAGCUUUCGUCAUGACCCAACAGGAUACCAAUGCACCAAAUAUACCUACACAAUCUUCCCGUUGGGGUCGCGCUUCAUAAUCGUACUUUUAUGGGUAAUAGGGAUGAGUUGGCGCCAUGUGACCCUAGUCUACGCUCAAGGCUUGAAGACAUAUCUCUCAGUGUACUGGCAUAUAGUUGAUUUCGCAACAAUCGCCUUUCACUGGGCGUAUAUAGCUCUAACAAUCACGAUCAGUAAGAUCGGAGUGAACGACGAAAUAUACCAAAACAACACUGUGGCGCUAUCUUCACAUUCAUUUUUCAACCUCGAUAAGGCAUUCCACUUCCAUUUUGACAAGUACGAAGUAUCGAGGUAUGGAUGGGACACUUUCGACCCCCAGCUCGUCGCAGAGAUCUGCUUUUCAGUGGCAAACGUCUUGUCGUGUAUGCGUCUACUCCAUGCAACCAUAUCCUUCCAAUUCGUGGGCCCUCUACAGAUAUCGUUUGGCGCCAUUUUAGUGGAUAUGGGGCGUUUCUUCUGUCUCCUGAUCUUCGUGCUAAUCGCCUUCGGUCUCGGUUUCACACAGCUCUAUGCGACCUAUAACACGGAAAACGAUGUCGUCUGCCAGGCGGACCCGACGUCGGAUGCCUGUACGAGGGUUUCUUUUGAAAAUAUCUUCACGUCGGUCGCAACUCUGUUCUGGGCGAUUUACGGCGAGACGACCACCAGCUCCCUGAAACUCCCAGCCAACCUAUGGUUCACCCAAAUGGUGGGAAUCGUCCUUUACGGCAUCUACGUCACCCUCGUCGUCACCAUCAUGCUCAACGCCCUGAUCGCCAUGCUCAGCAAUACCUACUCUCGCGUCGAGGAGAACGCGAGAAAGGAGUGGCAUUUUGCCCGGACGAAGAUGAUGCUUGAGUAUGACAAUCAAGCGGGAAGUUUACCCCCACCCUUUAAUAUCAUCCCGAGGGUGGGGUAUUGGGUUCAGACGGCAUGUAGGGUUCUCAGAGGAAUCACCAUUGCCAUAAUCAGAUUCAAGACAAGUGAUGUGGUACUUAUCAGGAUGCGGAAGGCAAGCGAAGCACCUGGUACGGAAAGGGCACCUAAAAUACGGCUUGGUCGUGAUCGUCAUCUCAAACACACAGUCUACAACAGAAGAAUUGGAGACAAGAUCUUGGCCAAUCGUCUGUUGCAGUGCAUGCAGUGUGAUCCCGAAAAUAGCCACAACCUUAUUUAUUACUGACAAAAAUGAGAUAUUCAUACGAAGUAACAAUCCACGGAAAAUAACACAACUGUUUUCUCGGGUAUUGAUAUCAUGAAGAACUCGGUAAGAACUGAGGAUUAACACUGUAAAUUUAAUACCAGAGGAACAGUAGUAUGGUCUUUCCAUGUACAAACCGUUAACACCUGGUAAACACCAUAUUUUUACAUGAAUGAGUUCAUAACCAUUCUCAAAUCUUCUUUGUGCUUGAACUGCUAAAUAGUUCUUUUUACAAAAUAGAAA